CUGCGGGCGAACCGAAGGAUUUCAGCCUCUGGAUACACACGCGACGGGACUUUCUGUUUUCUCUCUUUUUUACGAGGACAAAGACAGAACACGGAGCACUCGUAAAGAGUCACUCCUUGUGGACACAUUCUGCCUCCCAGCCCAGCCGAGGUCGUGUAGCUGGAGAGCUGGAGACCCAUUCUCUUGCGUGGCACAAGUCUGGUGUUUUCGUUCAGCUGCAGAUCUCGACUGACGGCAGCGAUAAGUCCGCCAAUUGGGUUAGAAAGCGACUUCUCACGGAGGGCCACGACUGCUUUGAGGGGAUCGAGAGCCUGUGCUGGUUGAAUGGCAUCAGCAAAAUAAGAUAGAAAAAGGCUUUUCAUUCAUUUUCGACCUCGCAGCCACCACCCCUGUGGAUCUGGACGUGUUUUCUGCCCCAUUUCUCCCCUCAUACUCAACCACGGGGGGAUCCUUGUUCGCGACACUGGCGUUUGUUUAUUAUGGCGGAAAAGGCUCGCAAUAAUAACAUUUAGUGUUUUGUAUAUUUGUAUUCCCAGGCCCGUUCGCACUGUAUAGGCGCACUGCUGUUUUCAAGAGAUGGAGACUGAAGAUGGGGAUUACCAUCAUUUAUCCAGUCAAAUCACUGGCGUGUGUGCCGUCCCAGCCGACGUCAAAGUAUCCUGUGAUUGUCAAAAAUAGAAGACUGUUUUAGUAUUUUUUUUUCUUCUUCAAAGGAAUUUCUUGUUGUAGCGAUUUUCUACACAUUUAUUUAUAAAUCCUGGAAGCCACGCAUUUGCAGGCUAUAUAGAGUAGCCCUUUUGGGCUACAGACUUUUGUUUUUUCCUCUUUUUCAUAUCUAUUUUUUUGGAGUGGAUGUGUGCAAAUUUCGCUAUUUCAUUUCAAUUAUAUCCCUGCCUUUUUAAUUUGUAUUUUUUGAGAGGAUAAUAAUGUUAAAGAACAUGAGAUCUGACACACGGAUGGGUAGCCCGACCUUGUUUUGGGGUCUGAUGCUCUCUGUCUCCACUAUCUGCAUCUGGUCCACACAUGGAGAGAUCUGUGGUCCGAGUAUCGACAUCCGGAAUGAUAUCGGCGAGUUCAAGCGGCUAGAAAACUGCACGGUGGUGGAGGGCUACCUGCAGAUCCUCCUCAUCAGCGACAAGAACAACAACAUCCAACCGGAUGCCUUUCGCUCCCUGAGUUUCCCAAAGCUGACCGUCAUCACCGACUACCUGCUGCUGUUUCGUGUCUCGGGCCUGGACAGCCUCAGCACGCUCUUCCCCAACCUGAGUGUCAUACGUGGGCGCAACCUCUUCUACAACUAUGCCCUGGUGAUCUAUGAGAUGACCAGCCUGAAGGACAUCGGCCUGUACAACCUAAGGAACAUCACCAGGGGAGCAUUGCGGAUUGAAAAGAACCCUGAGCUCUGCUACCUGGAUUCAGUGGACUGGUCUCUUAUUAUGAAUGCCGAGUUCAACAACGUUAUUAAUGGGAAUAAGAAGGUAAAGGAGUGUGACAAUGUCUGCCCAGGCAUCAUGGAGGAUAACCCUCUUUGUCAGAGGACGUCGUUCAAUGAGAACUACGACUACCGCUGUUGGACCUCCAGCCAGUGCCAGAAAGUAUGCCCCGAACACUGCGAGUUUUCCUGCACAGACCAGGGGGAGUGUUGUCACAGCCAGUGCCUGGGCAGCUGUGCUGAACCCAACAACGACACGGCCUGCUCUGGCUGCCUCCACUACUACCACGAGGGUCACUGUGUGCCGGACUGUCCCCCAGACACUUACAAGUUUGAGGGCUGGCGCUGCAUCACCAUGGACCUGUGCUCCCAAGUGCACCUGCUUGGCGAUACUCACUUUGUCAUCCACGGGGGCGAGUGUAUGCCCGACUGCCCCUCUGGCUUCACACGCAAUGAGACAAACCGCAUGUUUUGCAAUGCCUGCAAUGGCCCGUGUGAUAAGCCGUGCACGUCGCCUGUCAUCGACUCGGUGGAUGCGGCUCAGUCCCUGAAGGACUGCACCAUCAUCGAAGGAAACCUGGACAUCAACAUCCGCCGUGGAAAUAACAUAGCGUCUGAGCUGGAGAGCUUCAUGGGAUUGAUUCAGAAAGUGACGGGCUAUGUGAAGAUUCGUCACUCCCACGCACUUGGCUCGCUGUCCUUCCUCAAGAGCCUGCGUUACAUUAAUGGGCAGGAACUCAUUGAAAACAUGUAUUCGUUCUCCGCCAUCGACAACCAGCACCUGCAGUACCUGUGGGACUGGAGUCAACACAACCUGACGAUUGGAAAUGGACGUCUCUUCUUCCGUCUGAACCCCAAACUCUGCAUGUCUGAGAUUCACACGAUGUGGGAGAAGACGGGCAUCGCUGUGAAGCCAGAGGAGGGAGAUUUCCGUAACAACGGUGAACGAGCCAGCUGUGAAAGUCAUAUCUUGAAGUUCAAGUCUAACAUCACAUCGAGCCAUACGAUCAGGCUGACAUGGGAGCGCUACCGGCCGCCAGACUACAGAGACCUUAUCAGCUUCAUAGUCUACUACAAGGAGUCCGCGUUCGAGAACAUCACCGAGUUCGACGGGCAGGACGGCUGCGGCUCAAACAGCUGGCACAUGGUGGAUGUGGAUUUCCCUCAGGAAAAAAGCAAUGACCCUAAAGUCAGUCUUCAACAACUCAAGCCCUGGACCCAGUAUGCUGUUUUUGUGAAGGCCAUUACCCUGCAGGUGGAGGACAAGCACAUUACUGGAGCAAAGAGCGAUAUCAUCUACAUUCGCACACGCCCAUCACUGCCGUCCAUGCCCAAAGACGCCCGUGCAUAUGCCAACUCCUCAACCAGGCUCAUGGUGAAGUGGUCACCUCCGGCCUUUCCCAACGGCAAUCUCACGUUCUACCUGGUCCGCUGGCAGCAGCAGUCUGAAGACAGGGAGCUCUACCAACAUAACUACUGCUCCAAAGAGCUGAAGAUCCCGAUCCGUAUCCCAGCCACAGGGUUCACGGACAUGGAAGACAACACCAAGCCCACCAAGUCAGACCUGGCAGGGGCGGAGAAUGGCCCAUGUUGUGCCUGCCAAAAGACGCCUGAGGAGAAAGACCGGGAGAAGGAUGACCGGGUCUUUUUUAAGAUUUUCGAGAACUUCCUUCACAAUGCCAUCUUUCUGCCAAGGCCCCCGGAUCGUCGGCGUAGGGAUGUUUUUGGUUUGGCUAACGACACACUGCUCCACGGCGGUGUUGGAAGGGGGAACAUCACCCUUGAUCCAGGGGAUAACAGUACAGAUGGCAUUCCUCCCAUCAGGGAGUACCCCUUCUCAGAUGAGAAAACAUCAGCAGAGUAUCUAGAGAUCCCCAACCUGCGACCUUUCACUGUCUACCGCAUUGACAUCCAUGCAUGCAACGAGCAGGUGGGGCGCUGCAGCGCUGGAGCCUUCGUCUUCUCCAGGACCAAACCGGCAGUCAAAGCAGAUGACAUCCCUGGAAAGGUGAUCCAUGAGAGGAGUGAGAAAGUCGAAGGUUGUGUGAUGCUGCACUGGCCGGAGCCCGUCAUGCCCAACGGUCUCAUCCUGAUGUAUGAGAUCAAGUUCCGUCCGGGGACAGAGCCUGAGAAGCAUGAGUGUGUGUCACGGCAGCAGUUCCGCGAGCACCAAGGAGCCCGGCUCACCAACCUGGGCUCGGGGAAUUACUCUGCUCGUGUGCGCGCCACUUCACUGGCAGGGAACGGCUCCUGGACAGAGGGCGUGUUCUUCUACGUACCUCCACCCAAACGAGACGAUGGAGUUACGUUCUACUUGGUCAUCAUAAUUCCCAUCAUAGUGACGCUUUUCAUUGCCAGCCUCACCACAAUUGUCUUCUUAGUGAACAGAAAGAGGAAUAACGACAGAUUGGGGAAUGGAGUCCUUUAUGCAUCGGUCAACCCUGAGUACUUCAGUGCUGCUGAAAUGUACGUCCCAGAUGAGUGGGAGGUGGCCAGGGAGAAGAUCACAUUGGCCAAGGAGCUGGGUCAGGGCUCCUUCGGCAUGGUGUACGAAGGCAUCGCCAAGGGAGUGAUCAAGGACGAGCCGGACACUCGAGUGGCCAUCAAGACGGUCAAUGAGUCGGCCAGCAUGAGGGAGCGCAUUGAGUUUUUGAACGAAGCCUCCGUCAUGAAGGAAUUCAACUGUCACCAUGUGGUGCGGCUGCUGGGCGUGGUCUCUCAGGGACAACCGACCUUGGUGAUUAUGGAGCUGAUGACCCGUGGAGAUCUCAAGAGCCACCUGCGCUCUUUGCGCAAAGAAAACGCCAGCAACCAGGUCCUACCCCCGCUUAAAAAGAUGAUCCAGAUGACGGGGGAAAUUGCCGACGGCAUGUCGUACCUAAAUGCCAACAAAUUUGUCCACAGAGAUCUGGCUGCCAGGAACUGCAUGGUAGCUGAGGACUUCACUGUGAAGAUUGGAGAUUUUGGCAUGACCAGAGAUAUUUACGAGACGGAUUACUACCGAAAAGGAGGGAAGGGCCUGCUGCCUGUCCGCUGGAUGUCUCCAGAGUCGCUGAAAGAUGGCGUGUUCACUACAAUGUCUGAUGUUUGGUCAUUCGGUGUCGUGCUGUGGGAGAUCGCCACCUUAGCAGAACAGCCUUACCAGGGCAUGUCCAAUGAACAAGUGCUGCGCUUCGUCAUGGAGGGAGGACUCUUGGACAAACCUGACAACUGCCCUGACAUGCUGUUUGAGCUGAUGAGGAUGUGCUGGCAGUAUAAUCCCAAGAUGCGUCCGUCGUUUCUGGAGAUCAUCAGCAGCAUCAACGAUGAUUUGGAUCCUCCCUUCAGGGAAAUGAGCUUCUUCUACAGUGAGGAGAACAAGCCGCCGGACACCGAGGAACUGGACAUGGAGGUAGAAAACAUGGAGAACAUUCCACUGGACCCUGCAUCCACCAGGCAGCCCGCUGCUGCUUCUGCCGCCGCUGCUUCUGCAGCUGCUGCCGCCUCCGCUGCUGCCGCCGCCGCCGCCGCCGCCAACGCACCUUCGUCAGGGUGCGCAGGAGGCACGCCGCCCACUGCUACCCAGCAGUUGGCCUCCAUGAAAGGCCCGAGUACUUCAUUAUUGGGACCCAUGUCUCCCUCCUCCCCCGGCCCGGUAGCCUCAGCCUUGCUGUCUCCAGGACAAGCCUUGGACAAGCACUCAGGACAUGUUUCGGCCAACGGGCCUGUGGUGGUGCUGCGGCCCAACUUUGAGGAGUUGCAGCCCUAUGCACACAUGAACGGAGGCAGAAAGAACGAACGGGCGCUACCACUGCCCCAGUCGUCGGCCUGCUGAUAUCAGACCAGGCCCUCCUCUUCCUCCUCCUCCUCCUACACAGGGUAAAACAAACCUCUCCUCCAUUUCUUAAGGAGGGAUGGGUAAGGUAAGAAAUGACUCUUCUACUGUGUGCCAGUAGAUGGUCUCUCCACUCCUUUAAAGUCAAACAAAAACUCUAAAAACUGAGAAAAAGUAGAGAAACCUGAUAAAGCAUUUAGGAGUUUGGUGGCGCAGACUCGACACUGGGGAACUCCUUCCUGUGCCUCCUGUGUUUCAGUCGUUGUUCCUAAGUCCUUCGAGAAGGAGAACAACACAGACGUGAGAACAAUACAGGCAAGUAUCCUGACAUACAGAUUAAGACAUCAAAUUCAUGAAAAUCUUUUUUAGCAUAUCUGCCAGCAAAUCGAACAGAAGAGCACUUUUUUCCUGAUGAUUUCAGACCGGAUGUUGUGGAUAUCCGAGUGUUUAUUUAUACAACACACGUGAUUCUUUCUAUAUCAUGGCUCCAUUUCUAAAAGACUCUCCAUCAAAAUGACUUUGUUUGCACGAGCAGGCCGGCUCAUGUCACAUGGGGAGGCCUGGAUUAGAAAGUUUGGACUAAGAUCCUUGUUUCUUUUUCCUGUUGAUAUUUCUAUGAUCUCGUCGGGAGCGGGUUAAGAGGAAGAGGAGGGCCUUUUUUUGUAUCUGCCAAACUAUUGCCAAAUCGAGCUUUCUCUUCAGUUUCAUACAGGUCUCCCUUGUUUCAGGCGGUGAUUCAGAGUUUAGCCUGUCUGUUAAACUGUUUGGUGGUUUUCAGACGUCAUGCUUAUUGUGAGUACGAGCUGCUCCUGGACCAGCCGUGCGUGUCGGCUUAUCACAGGACUGAAUACAGAGUUACUGUUGAGAAGCUGCAUUCCCUCCUGCAGUCAAGGUUUUCUCAGCAUAUGCAGCAUCUGCAUUGGGGGUGGAGUAAAUCUAGCAAGCCUUGAGAUACUUGUACGACAUUUCUUAUCACGUUUCUCCUCGAGUUGAACUGCAAAAAUAGAGGCCAACACAAAAGCAGGGCUGUUUGAUUUAGGAUUUGAAUUUUCAGGCCUCUUUUAAUUCAAAAUUCACAUUGUUCAAAUCGAUUGACACAAUAUUGGUCAAAAUUAAUCAGACAAUUGUUAUUUAAUCCAAACAGGAAUUGUAUUAUAGAACUGUGAAAUUCUAUAUUUAAAUAACAUUAUGAUUAAGUUGACACAUUUUUUGCAAAUAAUUUUUAUAAACAAACAUGGCCAGAUUUCAUUGGUUCUCCAGCUUCUCACGUGCAAGGAUUUGCUUGCAUGACUUGAAUCAGCCAACUCUGAAUCACAGCCUCAGUCUGUCUUUGUUUUAGUUAAAAAAGAAAAAAACUGAUCAAUCAUCAACAAAGCAUCAAAAGUCACUGAACUUCAUAAGCAAGGAAUACGCCACCACUUCAUAUAUUCAGACAUCUUUUGAACUGUGCAUUUCAUGUGGGAGGUGAUCAUUUUUCUCUGAUACUGCUGUUAAAAUUAAAUGGCACCAAAUAUUCCACGACAGUCGAAGACCAGAGACAGAAAUCGAGAAGGCAUUGGAUCAGAUUUUAGUAGCCUAGAGACGAAUUUUAAAUCUCAGCAGGUCUCUUAAGGAAUAGUCAUUAGUUUCUCUGUUUCAAACACAUAUAAAGGUCUUACAGUUGUAUUUUAGACUGCAGGAUCAUUUUUAUACACAUCAUUGGUUUUAUCACUUUUGUAAACCUUUUUACAGUUCAAAAUGUUUGCCUCUGUCUGUACAGAACAAAGCUGCUAUUUUAUUGUUUUUCUCUUUUGGAUGUGUAUAUAUAUAUCUAUAUAGAUAUAUAUAUAUAUAUAUAUGUGUAUAUAUAUAUACAUAUAUAUAUAUAUUUAUAUAUAAAGAAAUCCUUCAGGUUUGGUAUGUUAUGGUCUCCACUACAGUCCAUUUAUUAUAUCUUCAAACUGUUUUAAAAAAAAGAAUAAAAAAUAAAAAAAGAUACAUUUAGAUAUAAAAAGCGUUUUUUUUCAUUUACCCCAAAGGUUUUUUUGGAAUACUAUUUUGUUCAUUACCUUUUUAUUUUUAUGGAAUCUUUUCUCCUGUGUUUGUUUCAUGGAUGUCUAUAUUAUUAUUAUUAUUAUUAUUGUUAUUAUUAUUAUUAUUAUUUGGAUUGGACACCUAAGCUCGAUGUGCGAGUGUGUACUUUCUGCACCCUUUUUGUACUUGUUGUCUAGCACUGCGCCUAGCAUUGCCCUCUAGGUGCAACUCAAUCUCAGGUCAAAGUAAAGGCUUUGCUUUCUCCACACAUUCUCAUGAUUGUCCUAUACUUGUCUCAAGUUGUACCCUCAUCCCCCCCAUCAUGUUGUGUCUCUCCCCGCGGUGCCUCCUUUUGAAGUCUGUGCACAAGAUAUUUACACCAGAUCUGGUAUUUUAACCCAUCCAUUUCUUGCCGCCCUUUGGAUAAAUAGGGCUAAUUGAGAUGUCUUAUUUGCCUUAAUUAUGCCAACCAUCGCCCCAAAAUCAGAUAUGUUUUGUCCCUUUAAAAAAUAUAUAUAUUUAAACACUCAUAACGCCACUUCUGCUAAUGUUACUUCAUCAAAGAGAAAACCGAUAUUAUUGUUUUUCUUCAUGAUCACUGCUUCUGAAAACCAAAUAAAGGAUGGGUUAAAGUCCAGGGAAGGGAACGCAUUUCACUGUCAUGAAUGGAAACGGUUCUUAAAUGGAGGCUGAAUAGUGAAAGUGUUUUGAAGGAUUUCUCCUAGUCUUUUUUAAAAUAUUGCCUUGUGAUUCUUUUUUCUUUUUUUCCCCUCUUUAAAGUUUUUUUUUCUCUGUCAGAGUGUUAUUUAUUAAUUUUGUAUUUUCCUUUUGUGAUAUCAGUUUAAAUCACUGUAUAAAUGCCCCAUGAAUCAGUAUAAAGUUUGAUUUUUUUUUAAUGUAUUUUCUUUGGUGUCAUAACUGGGGGACUUUAAAGUUGUUUUUUUUCCUUCAAGUAUUUAUCUACCUCACUCUUUUCAAAUGAACGUGUAUGUAAAACAAGUACAUCUCACUUUCAUCAGUUUGUAUAGAAACCUCAUCUGGAUAAAACCCACGGGGAUCUAGAUGAAUCUCACAAAGCCAACUUGGACAUGAGAUGGAAAAUCUGUGUUCCCAUGUCAGGCCCAGUGGUUUACAAAAUGUAUGUUUAUAUCUGAGAAUGCAGAGGAGUGGAUUCUGCUUUAGUUCCCCGCAGAAUCUGUUUAAAUUGGUGUCAGGUAUACGACAUAAUUAGGUCAACCUACACUUUCAUUUGACUGGAUACAGUGUAAGAAGCCUGAGCGCACAGCAUCAGCAUCAACUAUCUCAUCUCCACUGCCCACCAACACAUUUUCACAACCUUAAAUCCUCAGAAAACAGAAACGUUCAUGUUGUCAUCUAAAUGCAUUUGUAUAGAAAUCGGUUAUCAGAAGGAAUAUUUUAAAAGGGAAAAUUUAUUAUUGACCUCCAAUAAAUAAAUGUGUUGUCUGCAAGGUAACGGCACAACCCAAACAUCCAGAUGUCAUUCACACGCUCAACAAUUAUAUUCUGUUAUGUCUAUGGAUCAGUGCUGUGAAUGUAACGAGGACCGUAGAGAUAGCAGCAACUCCACCUACAUGUUUCUAUCUUCAGAGAAAAUGGACAAUUUUCAAUUAUUUGUAGGUCAAUGUUUGAUUACAUUAUAUCCUUUUUUGCCUUGUAAACUCCUUGUUUUUAAGUGCACACCAUCACUUACCCUGUCCAAGUCUAUUUUCUGUGCUGAAUGCCAUGGGAGUAGAGCUCUCGACAUUUCCACCAUUGUCUGGCUUGUUGCUCAUAACGAUGCCUUCAUGGCCUGUUUCUCCUGCUCCCUACACUAAUGCUGCUGGUUAAACCGUCACCUCAGUGGAUCUUAUACUGUCAUCAAACUGUUACAUGUGAAGGUGGCAAAGAAGCUUUUACAUCUCCAAAAAAUGUCACUUCUACUCACAGCUGUCUUAGUGCGAGGGCUUCUGGGCAAGAGGCACACGGUCAUUUAAAAAUUCCUGUUAAAAUGAAUACCCAAAAGCAAUUUAAAAAAUGGGAUUAUAGAUAGCAUAAUGUGAUAUCUGCGUCCUGAAUUUAGGUUAUUCUUACGCAUUUUAUCUGUGCAUGAUUUUAAGAGAAUCAAAGAGUGAAGUUUUGGUUGAAAAACAGUCUGAUUGCUGCUGAAUAUCACAAUAGUACAGAAAUCACCACUGACAAGCAAACAGCUUCUGUAGUUACUUUACAUAUCUGUGCAUUUAUGUUUUUUUGGAUGUAUGUAAUGAUAAAAUACAAAGUUUCAGUUCCGGGAGUAGACAUUACAUUGAUCUGUUGUGAGGUGAAUCACUGGAAUUACUGGUUACCAUUAGAUCCCAAACCUGUCACAAUUACAGCAUUUAAAUAAACAUGUGGACAUGUAUAGGACAGGGAUGUUGCAUAGAUUACGGGUAGUCAUGGUUAAGAGUAAACAACAUGAUUAGAAAAAGAUGAUAGUUCUAGGUUUACGGCUUCACACUAGUUGCUUUUUUGCAUUACCAGAUUUAAUUGGAAACACAGAACAUUCAACUUAUUCAUCUUUAUCAUUUUUAUUCUUCUGAAUGCAAACCUCAGGUUUAUGGAGGAUGCUUCAGUGCAUUCAAACUGCAAUAAUAAGUUUGAGGUUUAUCAUUAUCAUGCCUCUGUUUUUAUGAUUUGCAUUCCUAUACCUUCUGAGUGGGCCUUGAUUUACUGCUAUUACUUUAUUUCAUUACUUUCACAAAAUCUGUGUUCAUUACCUGCUUGGGGAAAGAAAGAAUCAAAAAAACUUAACUAGACUGUCUUUUUUUCAAGUUCUGUAUCUGAGGCCUCAACAUUUUUUUCACACCUAUAACUGAGACGGGGUGUUUUUGACAUGCCAUCUCCAAAUGUGUACCUGAGAAUUUCUUGUAUUUUCUUUUUUUUCUGGAAAUUUUGAAUAAAUAAAUGAAUGAGAACUUUUA